GGGCCGAGCCGAGCGCGGCCCCGCACCCCGGCGCCCGUCACAUGAGCGGGAUGCUGAGCCGCUCAUUAGUCAGCCAUUUUGGUCGCCACCCUGCUCAGUGCGCACAGCCAAUCCUGCCCGCACGGCGCGGCGGAGCGGCGCUGGAUCGCAGACCUGCACAGCUGCCUCUACCUGCUGCCUUUGUUUUUGCUCGGAUAAUCAUCAGAGGAAUCCAUUCUUUUUUCUCCGCUGCCCUUUUUGUUUUCCUUUGUAUUCUUGCAUUUUUUCCUGCCGUAUUUGAUGCAGAAGGUGGGUUUUCCGUGGUCGCUUGGGAUCAAUAGCCUUCUAGCAUAGCUGAAGACGGCGACUGUCAGUGCAGAGGAGGAACAGACGAGCAUCAAGGAGCAGCAUUUUUACCUUGCUUUAUAUAUGAAAAGGCCAGAGCAGUCUGCGAUCCUGAGCAUAUCUGUCCUUUAAUAGCAAGGUAUUUCUUAUUUUAUUCUUCAGAAAGCUUUUCUUUUUAGUUCUUUCCCCCCGCGUUGUUGUUGUACCAGCUGAGUCAUCAUGUCUGCUCUGACGCCUCAAAGCGACAUGCCAACCCCCACCACAGACAAGAUCACUCAGGCUGCCAUGGAGACCAUCUAUCUUUGCAAAUUCCGGGUGUCGAUGGAUGGAGAAUGGCUCUGCCUGCGCGAGCUGGACGACAUCUCGCUGACCCCCGACCCAGAGCCCACCCACGAAGACUCUUGGGAGGAUUUGACAGAUGAGGUGGAGCAAUUGCGUGACGAUACUGAAGAUCCUAAUUAUCUCAUGGCUAAUGAACGCAUGAACCUGAUGAACAUGGCGAAACUGAGCAUCAAGGGCUUGAUUGAGUCGGCGCUUAACCUGGGCAGGACGCUGGACUCGGACUACGCCCCUCUGCAGCAGUUCUUCGUGGUGAUGGAGCAUUGCCUCAAACACGGCCUCAAAGCCAAAAAGACUUUUCUUGGGCAAAAUAAGUCGUUUUGGGGACCACUAGAACUAGUAGAGAAACUCGUUCCUGAAGCUGCAGAGAUUACAGCGAGUGUUAAAGAUCUCCCGGGGCUGAAGACACCCGUGGGCAGAGGGAGAGCGUGGCUGCGCCUGGCGCUGAUGCAGAAGAAGCUCUCGGAGUACAUGAAAGCCUUGAUUAACAGAAAGGAUCUUCUCAGUGAAUUUUAUGAGCCUAAUGCCCUGAUGAUGGAAGAAGAAGGUGCCAUCAUUGCUGGGCUCCUGGUGGGUUUGAACGUCAUUGACGCAAACUUCUGCAUGAAAGGAGAAGACCUGGACUCGCAGGUUGGAGUUAUUGAUUUCUCAAUGUAUUUGAAAGAUGGGAACAGCACGAAAGGCAGUGAAGGUGACGGUCAGAUCACUGCCAUCUUGGACCAGAAGAACUACGUGGAAGAACUGAAUAGACACUUAAGUGCUACAGUGAACAACCUGCAGGCCAAGGUGGAUGCCCUGGAGAAAUCCAACACCAAACUGACCGAGGAGCUUGCUGUUGCAAACAACAGGAUUAUUACACUGCAGGAAGAGAUGGAACGGGUUAAAGAAGAAAGUUCUUACAUCUUGGAGUCCAAUCGUAAGGUCACUAAAGACAGAACUGCUGAUGGACAAGCCCUGACCGAGGCACGAAAACAGUUAAAGGAGGAGACUCAGCUGCGACUGGACGUGGAGAAGGAGCUGGAGGUGCAGAUCGGGAUGCGGCAGGAGAUGGAGCUGGCCAUGAAGAUGCUGGAGAAGGACGUCUGUGAGAAGCAGGAUGCGCUGGUGGCGCUCAGGCAGCAGCUGGAUGAUCUCAGGGCCCUAAAGCAUGAACUGUCCUUUAAGCUGCAGAGUUCAGACAUGGGAGUGAAACAGAAGAGUGAAUUAAACAGCCGUUUGGAAGAAAAAACAAAUCAGAUGGCUGCCACCAUCAAACAGCUCGAACAAAGAUUGCGACAGGCGGAGAAGGACCGGCAGCUGGCCCAGCAGGACAACCGGCUCUUCAAGCAGGAGUUCGGGGACAAAAUCAACAGCCUCCAGCUGCAGGUGGAAGAGCUCUCCAGGCAGCGGAGCCACCUCGAGCUGGAGCUGAAGCGGGAAAGAGACAGAUGGUCCCAGGGUCACCAGCGCGUCCAAGAGAACAAACAAGGCGCAAAGGCCUGGCUGAGAGCGGACGGGAAGCUCAAAAUCCACGAAGAGAAUGCUAAACCGAAGCAGCCGCCAAGAGAGGAAAACAGUGUCCUGCCACACAGGUCACCGAGCAGCACGCAGGAAGAGCAGGAACAGCCGUCAGGACGUGGGAGCGCCGAGGUCUGCCAGCUCUGCCGGGAGGAGAGCAGCCGCAGCCAGGACAAGAACGUCUGCAAGAACUGCGGCGGGGUCUUCUGCGAAGCCUGUUCGGCGCACGAGCUGCCUCUCCCCUCCAGCAUCAACCCCGAGCGCGUCUGCGACCGCUGCCACGAGCGGCUCAUGCGGCAGUACGCGGGCAGCCCCGCGCAGGGCGGGCUGCACGCGGCCAAGUAGCUGCAGCGGCGGCGUUUCUGGAGUCGUUCGGGGAACGUGAAGACACCCGCCUCUGUUCUUUGGAGGUCAGAGGGGAGGCAGCUUCAUGGUGUUGAGUGUCGUGCAACUCAAACAGAGCAGCCUGAGCCUUCCCUGUACAAAAGCUCAGACCGAGCUCGUCUGGGGAGCUGCGCUGGGACCCCGUGUGACGUGGCCCCCGGUGUGCGCAGCAGCCCCAGCACCGUGAGAGCCGAGCUGUGUCUGUGCCAGCGGGGAACGUCCGUGUCCCCCGCGCGUGUGACCUCGUGCUGCUGCUGAGCAAAGGCUCCGAAAGCAAAACGGGAGCGUUUUUAAUCCUCACGUCUGGCUGCACUUGAAACUUCAUCCCCAUUUCCCCGUUGCGUUGGACAAUCCGGCUCCGCCGCGCUGCUCAGGGCCCGGCGUCGAAGGGCAGGUGAGAGGCCAGUGAACGCUCGAGAGCUCGGGUCCUUUGGCUCAGCCCUCUGGCCUGCUCUGCAAAUCAGAAUCGCCGAAUCAAAGCUGGGAAGGUUCUCCGGUGUCAGGGGCUUGCGGGUGGGGAGGGGGCGGUUUUGGGGGUGCAGGAUGCGAGACCUGGGGAGCUGCCCUGCCCUGGCACAGAGGUGCCUCAGGGGGCCCAGCCCCACAGCUGGGCUCCCCAGCAUUGAAAGAGCAAAUCCUCAUCACCGCACAGGUCUAGGGCCACUGCUAUCCACCGCUGCCCCUUGCGCGUGUGCAGAGGUCAUUUCAGUAAACCUGGUGUUUCACUUUUUGUUGUUAGAUCAAACGGAAGGCAAGAUGCAAUCACAAUGAUUUCCACCUCCUUGAAAUCUGAAUUUGAAACACCAUUUAAAGCGGUUUCACAGUUGAUGCUGCAUCACUCUUCGUUCUGUUACCUCAAGGAAUUGUGUUACUCCAGAAGCAGGGGUUUCUCCCCCGUAAAGCACGCAGCACGGCCGUUGUUUGGUCUGGUUUGCACUGGAAUCCUGCUUCAGUCUUCAAGACCACGGAAUGUUUUGUAGUCCAUAGCAAACUGCUGUAUUUAUAUGUGACAAAUGCAUUUGGGUUUGUACAAAUGUUAUUAGGGAUUAGUGGUUUAAUUCCUCUGAGGGGAUUUUCUGUUCAUUAGACUGGCCGGAACCGCAUCACCAAGCGUGUCAGAGCUGUGGUUACGUACGUGGUUGGUGCUAGAGCUUGGCCAGGAGUUACUCUGUUCUAGUGGGAGGACACACGAGUUCCCCAGCUCCUCUGGGUGCCCUUUGGAGCCAGAGCACUUCACUGCGGGUGCAACUUCAAACAGUUCUUGGUUUCUGAUUUUGUUUUCCCCUCUUGUGGUAAUCGGCACCUGCAUUUCCUGACAGCUGUCCCUUAAGGUAGAUCAGGAAUUGUAGAUAGUGUUGCAGUUUGAAAAGCCUGGAGUUCAAGUGUGGGCACACUGCUUUCAAGGCCUGAGACACCAGAGAAGAUAUACUGCAUUUAUUGAAUAGUUCUGUGUACAUACUGUACACAUUUAUGAGAUGGCAGAUUCCUGCAUCCAAACCCAGAGUGACUCAUCCCCCAGAAGAAAGUGGGACCCAAACGAUUCCAUGUUGGAGAGUUAAACUGAAAUCCCAGCGCUCACUGUACAUCAUUUUAGUGCCGGCACGUGCAGCUUUUGCAGCUCCGCAGCCCGUUUGUGAGCUGUACCCGGCCCUGGACUCCGCCGGCAGGAGCGGCCGCCGCUCGCCUUGCCCGGUGGGCUGGGGCCCGUGUGGGAAGCGGGACGGGUGCCGGCGGGUCCCUGCGGCCACCGAUGGCAGCGCCGCGCAGCCCCUUGGGCAGGCGCCGCGAACCCCGGGAAUGGAGCCGUGGCUGCCGUGAGGCACAGCAGCGUCGGGGAGGCCACACAGCUGUGCCAGCUGUGCCGGCACCAGCCCCUCCCUGCUGUCCUGGCCUCCGGGGGUGUCUGCCUGGCACAACUGGAUGUUUCGCCUCGUGAAGCUGCGAAUGUCCCAGGCUCGUUUGCUCAGGUGCUGCUCGUGGUGCUGGAGCGUGGGUUCACACCUGGAUGUUUGGGGGUGUGGGAGGGAAGGCUUUUUUUUCCCCAAUGUUUUUUGUUCCACACAAAAAUAAAAACCUGAUCAUCUGUA